ACAUUGAACCAAUUAUUCUUCAGAUAUUACAUUGUAGAUGGGAUAAAAAUGGUACAAGAAUUUAUUGGAAAGAUCAAAUUGCGGAAAAAAUUAAAGAGAUCGGAUCUUUAUCUCAAACUGAUCGUCUAGAGUGGGGAGAGCAACAAUACAAAAAAUAUAAACAAAAUGAAAGAGAACUUAAUAGGCGUAGUAUAGAAGACCAUAGUGCAAGACGACAACAACGUUAUGAACGGAAAAAAGUUAUUGAUGAUAAAUUAAAUGAGAUGAUGUCGGAAACAAAUGAAGACGGUUCUCCACUUUGGAUUCGUGCUUAUCUUGAAAAAUGUUCUUCUUUAUCCAAGGCAUACAAAUAUAAUCGUCCUUUCACCGAAAGAUCAUGGAAAAUUCUCAAGCAAAAACUAGUUCGUGAAUACUAUGAAUUGUUGGAUGCUGAUGAAACCGAUGAUACGGAUUUUAAUUGUAGCGAUUUGGAUAAUGAUAACUUUGAA